AUGAAGUCCAAAAAGAAAUAUGACACGCCGUUCAAGCCGGCGCACAAGCUCACUUAUGCGGUAGAGGUCGUGAUCACAACCGGCGACAGCUUCACCACCUGCCGCUGCAUGUCCUGUGAGUACAUCGGCCGGAACGCGGUCGGGGUACAGCAGCAACAAGCGCAAGUCGCGUAG